ACAUUACAACUCAGCAGAUCUGAGCGCUCCCUCCUGCAGGCUGCACUCUGCGACCCCCCGACUCCGACUCUCCGCACUACAGAGCAGGUAGUGACUCCACGGUACAAUGUCUUCAGACGGAACGUCAGCAAAGGCCCUCAAGGUAAAAAAAGAGAUGGGGGAGAACACACCAUUGCUGUCUGAUGAUGAGCUGAUGUCAAUGUCUGUGCGGGAGUUAAACCACCACUUGCGUGGCCUGUCCAAGGAGGAAGUGGUACGACUUAAACAGCGGAGAAGAACACUGAAGAAUCGGGGCUACGCUGCUAGUUGCAGGGUUAAGCGUGUCUCCCAGAAGGAGGAGUUGGAGAAGCAAAAGAAGGACCUGCAACAAGAGGUAGAAAAGCUGGCUCAGGAGAAUUCCACCAUCAAGCUGGAACUGGACGCACUGCGGGCCAAGUAUGAGGCUUUGCAAAACUUUGCUCACUCUGUGUCUCGAGGGCCCAUAACUCCAGCCAAAGUGGCCGCCACCAGCGUUAUCACCAUUGUCAAGUCCUCUGGAGGUUCAUACUCCUAACAGAAGGAACAUUAGGCUUGCUUCCCCCAUCCUGUCUCGCCUCAUUAAUUGCUACAAAGCCAUCCACCAGAUCUUAGCCAUCUCAACCAUGAUUCACACAGGCAUUGGAAUGAGGCUUCUACAGCUUCCUUUGUAAAGCCUUUUUCUGCCCAUAUCAACCAGCAUUCCUUUAGCCUGUGCAAAAACGAUCAGUCCCAAGAGUGCUUUACUUUACAGAUUGUCUAGGAUGUGGUUAUGGUUAUGCUUAUCCUGAAACGAUGGGUUCUUAGUUUAAAACCUUAAUUCAUCAAUGCAAUGGAAGGUACCUUGAAUUGCUUGAGGCCUGAUCAUGUCCUCAUACAUAUUUUGGAAAUGUUUUGACAUAGAAAGCAUCACAAUGCUUUUUCUUAUUGAUACAGAGUUAAGUUAUUGAAAUAAUUAUACGUUUUAUUUUGUAGUUAACAGGUUACACUUUGUGUAUGGUGUAUGGCAUCCUUUGCUUUCCUACCUAGGAGCAGUCUGUACCACAUUCUGUGGUAAAACCUUUGUGACACGUCAGCCCAAAAACACUCAACUUAUAGGACUGGAGAGUGAAAUUGAGCUUGUGUUACUUAGCAGUCCCACGGAGGGGAGCCCAGAAGGAUUUACCCUCUAUCAAAUCUAACAUUGUUUACACACAAGGUUAUGAUGCAAAGAAUUGUGAGGAGGAAGUGAUACAAUUCAGAGAAGAGAGAUGGGGAAUGGGAAGUUAAAGGUCCGCAUACUGUGUGUAUGAAAUAUCUAUUGUGUGACACACAUACAGAUGGAAGAACUAGUAAGUUACAAGAAGUUUUAUGCAGCCUGCUUCCACCAUGGCUGUUACAUGAUGUGACUCAAAUCAGUCAGUGGAAUGUAUGGAUGUGUAAAUGGGUGGAGCCUGCAUAGUGAUACAGUCAGCCAGCCCAAGUGAAAGAUUACAGUACAGUAUAUAUAUAUAAUAAUAUAUAUAGACCAAGUCUGAAGGAAGUAAAAGCCUUGUACAUGUGGGUGGAAAAAGAUUAACCUAGGCCAUUUGAGGCAGCCUGUAUACAACCUGGUUCUAAUACAAGUCUGCUUAACUCAUAUCAGUAGUGCACUAUGAAUUGAAUGUGGAAUGCACUGAGGUUUUACUUUUAUUCCUCUCUGUGUAUUUCUGCAUAUUCUGCGUACUGCUGCAUAGCUUACCUCGGCAGUGGUAUAUCAUCUGAAACCAUCCACUGGUCAAACUGGAAGGGGAUCUUUAGUGCUUAUUAACUACAGAAUAUUUAUUCAGAUAUGCAGAGGGCUGUUCAGUGCUGACAAUAAGCUAGGCCCCUCUAUCUGCAAAUAAAUGGCUUUUUAUUGCUUAGGCAGAUUAUAAAUCUCACACUGUGAAACAAGGGGCAGUAAAGGAAAGAUAACAUGUACCUCGGUAUAGGGUAAUGCAAGGCAGCCAAUGGGUGCUGAGUGUUUUGAGCGUUUUUUGAGGGGAUCAGCUUGUCAUUACAACCUGAAAGGAUCCUAAAGCUCAAAGAAAAGAAUAUAGGUUAAAAGAAAGUUAAGAUGAAGGUGAGAAGGUGAGAAAUGAAGAUUAGAGAUGUGAAGUUUAAGAAUAAAUUAAGCAUAACCUUUUGGCAGAUGCAGUAGCACUUUGGAAAUCCUUAUGGGCUGUAAGGCAAGGUGCCCGAUGGCAUUUACCAAUCACGCUGGGACUGUUAAGUUUCACUUGCCAUUAAACCUGCUAGGCUGUCUGCCGGCACGCUCACCAUUGCAGAACUGCGGCUUUUAGCAGCUAACAAGUUUUAGAUGAUAUAAUCUAUUUAUUGGCUUUUAUCAACAUUUACACCUCCAGGGACCCAAGUGCUGUUGUCAGACCCGGGGAAAAUGCCCUCUGUGCCCCACCUGCUUUCCUCAGCUAAACUGGUGAGAGUCGUAAUUCACAAAGGUGGCACCCAUUGCCUUUGCUUGGCGAAUGCUUGUUAUAAAUCAUAGCCAGCGGCUCAGCCAGCCUUAUUGAACUACAAUUAAAAGAAUCCGUCUGUCUUUCAUACAUCACAAGCUCAUUUUAAGAUUCAAUGCUAAAGUGGCCAGUUAGGACAUAUCAUUUGUUCUGUGUUAUUUACAGCUUUGUUUCUUUUUAUUCUUCUGAAUAUUUAUCACUGCUUACAAAUCAGUCAAGACACAAGAUGGACGCUUGGUAUCCUUUUAUCCUCUAUCCACCUCAAUAUUUCCAGCCCUCUCCAUCUGCUUUAUGUUAUUGCCAAUAGAGAUGCCUCCUACAUCUCUAGCACCACAAGGGUUAACCUACCCUGGCAUUUGCUUUCUGGAGGAAAACCUUAUUUAUGUUUGAGAAGUUUAUUUUUUUCAGUAUAUUUAUAUAUUAUUUUUAUUAUAAAGAUUAUAGGGAAGAGGGUGGGAAAUGCAUAUGUUAAAUGUAUGUUUGUUGGAAACAAAAUGUGGAAAUGGCUGCUCUUGACACAAAUCCUAGCGAUGUUGCUUAUAUUUAGAACCAAGGGGCAGAUUUACAAAGCUGUUUUGUAGCCAUUUGUUACAAUGCAGAAAAUCGUUUUUUUUGUUUUUUUUUUUAAUCAUUUUUAGUGCAUUAUGGAGGCUUACUGAUUCUGUGCAGUGUUAGAUCUCAGUGCUGCCGCUGACCUCUAACACCCCCACAGCAUCAGAGAUAGAAUUUUCCUGACUUAGGAAAUAAUUAAUAAUUUAGAAAACAUGUUGAACUGCUGAGAUUCCCCCGUUUGAUAGUAAAUCUGCCCCUUCGUUUGGUUGGGUUUCAGAACAUAAAAUUUGAUGUGAUUUAGCUCCAACCCCAGGGUGUAUUAAAAAGAAAUAAUAAUUCUCGCAGAAGCAUAUGACCUUAAUUGGACCCAGGCACACCUUCAAGAGACUGAUCAUCACUGUGCCAUGUAGCAAAGCUGUUGGUAGAACUGGAGCCUAAAUGUGUCAGGCUUCACCUGAGAAGCCCAUCUCUGUAAUAUGCACCUACACUGCUUGGAUUUACUUUUUCUUUCCUCUUAAAAUGGUGGAGUAGAAGGUGUUUCAGCUUCUAUCAACUACUCGUUGGUGAAAAAAUGUUCUCAUAAAGAAGUGGAGCCAUAGGCUGAAGGCUAAACCCCAGCCACCAUUGGUUUCCAUCCGUUCUUCAGCUUUCUCUGCCUUUGUUCUACCCUGUAGCCCAACCCAUCUCCCACUCAUGGACAGAGUAAAGUUUACAAACCUGUAGGGGGGGCUAUAUCUGACCUGCUUCCUUUUCAACAGGUUUGAGGUGGGAAAAAAAAUUUAAAUUCUAGGAAAUGUUUAGCACCUAGCUUUCAUAUAUAAUAGGAAUAGUUUGCCCAGUGCAUACAGAAUUUCCUGUAUGGGGUUUUGUCCUUUGUAUAAAACACAGAUUUUUGACACAAGGUUGUAAUAUGCAAGUGAGAAUUGAUCACCACUGUGGCAAGUAAAGGCUUGCAGACAUUUUCACUGUUCUGAUUUUAUUUAAACAUUCUCUGCCUGGAGACAUGGUAGAUUCCAUCAUCUCCACAGCAGAGGAUUUAAACCAGUGCUGACCCAUUAGCUGUAGUUUCAGUAAAACACCCAGCUGAAUGGAAGUUUUAGGGGGCUUAAAGUGUUGUCUGACAGGUGCCGUUCUGUAUGUGCGCAAAGAGAUCCGCUGGAGUUUGGACAUUGUUGUUUGCUUAUUGGUUCAAUUGAGGUCUGACUUGUAGCCCCUACAGAUCCCCACAUCUCCUGGCCGUAGCAGAAUUGCACUGGUGGAUUUUCUAUUUGACGCCUAACAGGUGUAUGACCAACAAUUUGGACAUUAUUGGGGGAAAAAGCAUUUUCUCUAUGCACAGCCAGUGCUUCUCAUUACUGUAAGUCAGCCAGUCUCCUUGAUGUUCUGAAUUUAUGAUACUGUCUAAGGGGUUUGUGGCACAUUUCAGCUGUAGUGUAUUUGUGUGUCCUUAAAUACAAGUGCACAGUACUUAUACAUGUAUUGAACAAUUUUCAUAUCUAAUAUAUGUGUGUACAUAUAUAUAUAUAGUGAAUUGUAUUUAUUUUUCUGAAACAUUUUAAAGUCCCUUUAUAUGUGUAUUUUAUAUAUUGUUCAAAUAAAACAUUUUUUCACGUACCAAUUA